AUGCAUUAUGGGACUGGUCAGCGGAUAACGCGCGGGCGCACUAAGAAGGAAGUACCAUCUGAAACAACACGAACUUAUACUAUACAGAAAAUCACCAUUUUCCUCAUGAAUGAAUCAGUUUUUGAUGUUGCAAUAGUAGGAGGAGGUGUGGUUGGUUGUGCAGUAUUACAGGAGUUAACUUCCCAGGCAUAUAAAUGCGUUUUAUGUGAACAAAAUGAGGAAAUUCUGUCCGGAGCGAGCUGUGGCAACAGUGGAACACUGCACACAGGAUUUGACGCCCCUUUCGAUAGCAUGGAAUUAGAAUGCAUCAAAACAGCUAGGAAUUUAACCGAGGAUUUCUUUGUUAAAAAUAAAGUCCCUUUUAGAAACUGUGGAGCUCUGGUGGUCGCUUGGACCCAAGAGGACUUGCAGAAACUUGCUGGGAUUGUUGAACAUUCCCAAGCUGUUGGUCUCUCAGAUAUAACCCAGAUAACGCGCAGUGAACUUAUGCAGAUGGAACCCAAUUUAAACCCUGAUGCUCUUGGUGCUGUGUAUGUUCCCAAAGAAACCAUUGUUGACCCUUGGACUUUCCCAGUUUCCCUCGCCUGUUUGGGGAUUUCUCAGGGAGGUUCUGUUUUAACUGGGUGUAAGGUUGAGGGUGGCACCAAAGAUCAAAAGGGCUGGCACUUAUUAACUAAUAAAGGACCAGUGCAUGCAAAGUUGGUAAUAAACUGUGGGGGGUUGUUUGGCGACAAAGUUGAAGAGAUAAUUCGGCCAUCGCCAUUUGAUAUAAAGCCACGUAAAGGACAGUACGCUGUUUUUGAUCAAUCUGCAAAGKGCCUGCUGAAUUCGAUUAUUUUCCCUGUGCCAACUGAAAGAACAAAAGGAGUUUUGUUAUUUCCUUCUGUUUAUGGUAAUAUUGUUAUUGGACCAACUGCAGAAGAUCAAGAUGAUCGCCAACAUGCAUCAAUAGAUGAUGCAAUUAUCAAUAAACUUAUCAAGAGAGCACAUUACAUGCUACCUUCACUCCAAGAGCAUGAGGUGGUUGGCAGAUAUGCUGGUUUAAGACCAGCUACACAGUUUAAAGACUACCAAAUUGAAUUCCUGCAAGGUCAGGAUUGGUUGACCAUCGGAGGGAUACGGUCAACUGGAUUGUCGGCUUGCCUGGGGAUUGCAAAGCAUGCUAGUAUGUUACUUCAAUCAAAAUCUUUUGAAUUGUUCUCAGAGGUUCCUUCCAAGGAAAAUGAUUCAAAGGAGUGGGAUAAUGAUAAUAAAACACUAGUUUAUAAAGGACGUAAGUUUAAAGUCACACAUCGGUUGACGUUAUUUGGUAUAGAAACACCUGAGGGGUUAGAAAAAUUCAAAGGUUUCUUAGGUUGA